AUGUUGAAGUCCUUAUCAAACAGAUAUUAUGUCCAAUCCUCUGCUGGUUACAUGCUUCUAUCAAGCUGUGAAAAAGUUUGUAGUUUUCUGUGUGGUGGAAAUAAUAUUUAUAACAAUUUAGUCAAUGUUCAGAGUAGUAACAACCAAAUUCGAUGUAAGUCUUACAAUCGCUUUUUAGACUAUUCAAAAGUACCUAAACUCGAUGAAAAUGAUCUGCAAGAGCAACACGUAAGAGGAUCUGGUCCUGGUGGUCAAGCAACCAAUAAAACAUCUAAUGCAGUAGUUUUGAAACACAAACCUACCGGACUAAUUGUAAAAUGCCAUGAAACCAGAAGUUUAUUACAAAAUAGUAAAAUUGCUAGAGAAAUAAUGUUAACAAAAUUAGAUGAUCUAAUCAAUGGCGAGGAUUCUAUUAGAAAUCAAGAAAAAUUGCUUCAAAAAAGGGAUUCAAUGAAGAAGAAACAAAAGCAAAAGAAAUUAAACAAAUUAAAGGAAGAAUUUAAGAAACGUGAAUCCCUAGAUGGUACAUUCAACAAAGUUAAUUAAUUUUGAACUACACUUUUGUAAAUAUUGAAUAAUGUAAUUUUCCUUAAGUGUAACUAAACAAUGAAUAAAUAAAAUUGAGUCCUUGUCAAAUUAAAGUCAGGUGCAAUAUCAUUAAGUUAAUACAUUAAAUUGUAUCAUACUUUU